AUGACCUACGGCAACGGUUUCUCCCGGGGAACGAGCAGGACACUUGUCUACGACCGACUCAAGGUCUUGAAACAUCGAGCCAAGCUAAGAUCUUCGAGGCUGCCUGAAUUUGAGUCAGCAUUGCUAUCGAAUUGUGGCGAUGCGCUGGCUGUCGACCGUCGUCCGCGAGAUGUCUCACCAAUUCCGGUACCUCAAAGCGUAUCCAAAGCCGAUCUGGAGGACUUUUUGCGAGAGAUGUCAAUUUCCGACAAUGGGCGACAAGAUCCAGCUCCGUUUCCGGCUCCGGUUCCCAAUCCAAAGGAAGCUUCAAUAGAAGAGCUAAUGCUAUGUGAUCUGUUGUCGGCGCUGCCACUCGCCGAAGCAGGAAAACCGGUGACAAAGGAGGAUGUCGCUCCUGUUCAUGCUCUCCUCGAGUCCGUCGCGAAUCCCUUUUCACGUGAGAAGCUUGUGGCUCUGGACAUAUACUGGCAUUGCCCCACUGGAUUCGAACGACGAUUCAACGCUUUGGAUGAUAGAGGUUUGAUGCGACUUUACGUCCACGCUAUUAAGUUCUCGAGAACACGGCAAGCUCGUCAGAAUGGCGAUGGCGGAGCACCUCCAGCGGAACUAUGCGAGGAAUUCUACGAACACAGCUUGAGCCAAGCCAUGCGGUGCGCUUCAACGCAUCGCGAUUUGGAUCUGGUCGUGAUACCUGACGCGUUUGUACGGGAAAACGAAAGUGACUACGCCAGGACGGAACGAUGGCGAAAAAGUUUUCUCGAGCACAUCGUUCCGGAAAAAUACCGUGAGCUCAUUGGCAAAUUGUCCAUCGCAGAUAUGCUGCGACUCUGUGAGUGCUUUCGGGAGCAUUUGGAGCCCUGUAUAGUGUGUGAGGCCCUCGCAGAAGCAGGGGAGCACGGGAAGCAAGAUGGGCAUGAAUGCCACGUGACUGAAUGUCAUGGGGAUGAGGAAGAUCAAGGCCAGCAUGAAGAAGCGCCUGGUCCCGACCAACCCUGUGCGGAAACGGAUGAGCACAAAAAACGCCAGAGAAAGGCAAAGAAAGCUAGGCAAAAGCAGAAUCGCAAGGAGAGGGAAGCGGCCGCAGAGCUGGCUGCAGCAAACCACGCCGCUCCUGUAGAGCUUAACGAUGCGAAUAGCGUGGCGGCAGUCAGAUCUGAGCAUCAGGCUGUCAGUGCCGAGCGUCCUGAGCCGGUGGACGCCAGUACUCAGAUGGAUAUCGAUGCGAACGGGACGAUUGAAGCAGCUGUGGCGCUGUUAAACUUCGUUUCUUUGAGCAAGAAGCUGGCCCAAGAGGAUGCAUUGGACUCAGCUGUGCCAUCUGAGAACAGGGAACUGCAACUGAAUUCUGCAGACGCGCGAACUGAAAACGAAGAACUGCAACGGGGACUUCCAGACGUGCCAGUAACUCCAGAGCUGCCUGAAGUUUCGGAGCUGUCGGUGCCAGGAAGUUCAGAGUCCCAUACACUGGGACGUUCCACCCCUUCAGACCUCAGCCCAUCGGAGCCAGAUCUCGACUUUGCGCAAACAAAGCCAAUAACGCCUGGGUUCUCACCGCCCGCGACGCUGGAUGAAAAUACUCUUCGUUUCCAGAGAGCUGGCACACCUGAACCUCACGAAUUCGCGCAGACCCGUCCAUCGGCGCCCAGUCCCUCUAGAUCGGUUGCUGCAGAUCAGACUCCCGUUCGGCUACCUGGUGGCACUGAUGUGACGGGUCGUCCGGUGGUGCCGCAUUCUGCAGAGUCCCAGACAUCAGAACAUGGUCCCUUCCAAGACCCAAACAUAUCAGAGCAAUCUCCUAGUGCCAACGAGGUAUUGUCGCGAGAUUCAAGUCCUGCGUUAUCAACCACGUCAGACGUGGAGUGCUCCCGGCUACCUGUUCCGUUUGGAAAGAAGGCGCUCUCCUGGUCAGAACCGGACCGGAUGUCAAUACUCUACUGGUGGCUCACCGUUUCGACGCCAACAUCAUCAUCACCUUCAUCCACCGCUGCGCCCACUGGGACUUCACAUCGCGGCUCACCGGAGCCAACAGACCAAUCGUCGAUCCCAUCGCCUGGUGGUGGCAGUCCUCGUGCGGCCGGAACUGCUGCAUCUUCCGAACAGGAUGCUUAUGCUGGGAUCUGGUUCGGCAAACUACCUUGUACGCACGCAUCCAACAACUGA